AUGGAUGUGCCUGUGAGGCUUCCGCCCUCGCCCAACGACCAGGCUCGUCCCUCCGUCCGGAUGGAGGGUCGCUACUUGCAGGACACGGCCGUGAAAUUGGGCGAUGAUGCAUCGUACGACUUGGAGAAGGCCACAGAGAGGUCAAUGAUGUCUACUCCGCCGACCAUCACCCCUCCCAAGAGUCGGCUGUCCUCGAACAGAGAAGACGAGAAACUCAUGCGGAGCAGUUUUUUGGCCGAAGCUUCUGAUUGCAUUCGAUCCCUACAAGCGGUUUUCCAGAGCGCGAAUGCAUCGACCUGCUUUUCCCGUUUGGAUGAUUGGAGAAGAACGGAUUUGAGAGCCACAGCGCAGAUGCAGCAACAUGUGAAGACCCUACAAAGCUUAAACAACUCAGUGGCCGAGUUCUUGCAAAGGUGUUCCGCAGUCGAAACAUUUCAGGACUUUCAUUCGACCAUGGACCGCUUGUCAGAGGCAGUGUGUGAGAUGAGGGAUUUUCGAAGCGAGUUCACCUCCACCAUCGAUACCAUUGCCAAAGGAGUUGCAGAUCGCGUUCUGGCUAGCUUAAGCAAGGAUGCGGAAGAACGGUCUGCCUGGCUCCACUGUCAACUUGAGAAGCAUGGAGAGGUGCAAGAAAGCCUUGCGGCCACUCAACGCAAGAUUUGGCAUCGUUUGGAAAGCAUGGGCCGAUCCAUGGAGCAGCAGUUGAAGGAGACCCAACGUCGAUCGGAUCAAGUGGAGAAAUUGGAGGAGGUUCAGAAGGAGGAGCUGGAGCUUGCAGCUUCCUCCAACCCCUGGGAGACACGCGCUCGCCAGGUGCAGCAGGACUGCCGGACGCUUUUGGAACUCCAACACAGCGUCUUCAAGACCUUUGAGAACUCCUCUGAGCAGCAAGGUGCAUUGCAGGACAAUAUCUUCAGCACUAUCUCGCAAGAGAUGCAGAGCAUGAAUGGCUACAUCUUUCAAUCCCUCGGAUGGAGUCCUGAGACCCCGGCGGUGACCGAGAGCUUACACUCGCUGGAAGCUCGACUGAUGGAAUGGCACUCGCAGACUCUGCACGAGGCAGAGAGCCUUCGCCAGGAGCUCGCGCGGAGCGAGCUGACCCUGCGCGAGAACGAGCGCGCCAUCGCGGAAGCCCAUCUGCUCAGAGAGGAAUGCCUCUCACAGCAGGCUGCUUUGAAAGAAGAUGUGCAACACUUAGAAACUUCGUUGGAGCAGGUGAGCUCUGAGCUCAAGGACGCUCAGAUGGUCUCCAUGCUCAACAGCAUGAAGCGCUUGCGCGACAUUGAACUCCGCGGCAACGUGAAGGUGGACCGUCAAAGUGGAAGAAUCACAGCCGUAAAGGCCUUGGACUUCCUACCGGCUGCGCCGCCCAAAGAGAAAGGCCCCUUCCCCGUGACCUUUGCAAGUGAGACAGAGGCAGAGAAAGUUCUUGCAGAUCUCUUGGAAGUUGUCAUGAUGUUCGAUGCACCCCUGCAAAUCACUGUGGGUUGCAAGCAGGGACGGGGUGAUGCCGGCAUGUGGCAAGAGAUGGUAACGAAGCGCGCCAGCCUUGUGAAGGAACAUUUGGUGAGGUGUGGUCGAAGCGAGGAGGACAUUAGCAUCACCGGAUCCAUGGUCGCGCCAGAGUUCUAUGCUCAGCUGCAAGACACCAAGAUCUUCCCCCCAGCGCCACCACCUCCACUGCCCAACAAGGGCCGAUCGAAAUCACCGAACAGGAGGAGGUGA